GCAAGGUAGAAAUACUUCCGGGAUUUGAAUGUAGUUUUGAUAUUUUGUUUUAUAUUUCCGGUUUUCCGAAAAGUUCCAAUUGUACUUUUGUCCCAAAGUCUCUAAUAGUUUCCUGGCGCAGCUUUACAUUGAUCUAGAGUUUAAAUCCAAAGAAAACGGACGAAGAAAUACAUCUGAAAUAAAUAGAAGGUAAAACUUUUCUGGUCGUUGUUUACGUUUUGUUCGCCAGGAGACAUUCAUAACUAACAACGAAAAAGAAGGAUGAUGGUGGAGGGGGAGAACCAGAGAGGGGACACCCUCGUACCCAGCGAGGGAGAGGGGUCUGGUGGACAGGAGGCCAUCCACAUGAAGGAGUCCGUUUUCGAGGACAACACAGAACCCGAUGAGGGUUCACGGACGCCAACCACAGGACCAGUGGUUGUCACGGGAAACCAGAAAAUGCCCGCCAUCGAGAAACUGGAACAGGUUCGCAAAUGGAGCAUCACUACUUAUAAGUGUACUAAGCAGGUUCUGUCAGAGAAGAUGGGUCGUGGAUCCCGUACGGUCGACCCAGAACUCGAGGCCCGCAUCGACAUUCUCCGUGAUGACCGCCGUCGUUAUGAUCACGUGACCUGCCUGGCCCAGACACUCGCCACGCAGCUCGCCCAGGUCACACAGACGCAAAGGACUCUGGGCGAUGCCUUCACCGAGCUCAGCCUCAAAACGCCGCCACUACACGUAGAGUUUGGUCUGAACGGGGACACCCAGCGAUUCAUGUCGAAGAGCGGAGAGGUCAUGGUCUCGGCUUUGAACUCUUUCACCUCCGAUAUGAACACACUGGUUAACAAAACUAUAGAGGACACCAUGCUUAACGUGAAACACUACGAGACAGCCAGGAUAGAGUACGAUGCGUACCGUUGUGACCUGGAGGACUUGAACCUGGGACCCCGAGACACCGCCACCCUCCCCAAACUAGAGCAGGCCCAGAGAACCUUCCAGAACCAGAGAGAGAAGUAUGAGAAGAGCCGAAACGACCUGUCAGUCAAACUCAAACUACUGGAGGAGAAUAAGGUAAAGGUUCUCCAGCAACAGUUGGUAUUGCUCCACGGUGCUGUAGCCUCCAACAGCACCUCCAACCACCAGCACCUGGAGCUCAGCCUGCAGCAGGCAAGCACCAAGCUACCCAUGCCCGGCACGGAGGCUCCUUCCUGGCUAGAGGAGAGCUCAUCACCCCAAUAACCAUCCACCAUGUCUGGGGGUUCAUGAAACCUUCCAGUAUCUUAAUGCAAGUUGGGGCCUCUCAACUGCCACAUCUGUGGGCCAAAACAGGGGGUAUUGUCGACACUCCUGUUCUCUUAUCCUAUAGAGCCUAUAGGUUCUCCUCUUACCCUGUAGGUUCUCCUCUUACCCUGUAGGUUCUCCUCUUACCCUGUAGGUUCUCCUCUUACCCUGUAGGUUCUCCUCUUACCCUGUAGGUUCUCCUCUUACCCUGUAGGUUCUCCUCUUACCCUGUAGGUUCUCCUCUUACCCUGUAGGUUCUCCUCUUGCCCAAUAGAUCCUAUAGGUCCACCUCUUACCCUAUAGGUCCUUCUCUUACCCUAUAGAUCCUAUAGGUUAUUCUCUUAGCCAAUAGAUCCUAUAGGUUCUCCUUUUACCCUAUAGGUCAUUCUCUUAGCCAAUAGAUCCUAUAGGUUAUUCUCUUAGCCAAUAGAUCCUAUAGGUUCUCCUUUUACCCUAUAGGUCAUUCUCUUAGCCAAUAGAUCCUAUAGGUUCUCCUUUUACCCUAUAGGUCCUUCUCUUACCCUAUAGAUCCUAUAGGUUAUUCUCUUAGCCUAUAGGUUAUCCUCUUACCCAAUAGAUCCUAUAGGUUAUUCUCUUAGCCUAUAGGUUAUCCUCUUACCCAAUAGAUCCUAUAGGUUCACCUCUUUCCCAAUAGAUCCUAUAGGUUCUCCUCUUACCCUAUAGGUCCUUCUCUUAGCCAAUAGAUCCUAUAGGUUAUUCUCUUAGCCUAUAGAUCCUAUAGGUUAUUCUCUUAGCCUAUAGAUCCUAUAGGUUAUUCUCUUACCCUAUAGGUCCUCCUCUUAUCCUAUAGAUCCUGUAGGUCAUUCUCUUACCCAAUAGAUCCUAUAGGUUCUCAUCUUACCCUGUAGGUUCUCCUCUUACCCUAUAGAUCCUAUAGGUCCUUCUCUUACCCAAUGGAUCCUAUAGGUCCUCCUCUUACCAUAUAGGUCCUCCUCUUACCCUAUAGGUCCUCCUCUUAUCCUAUAGAUCCUGUAGGUCAUUCUCUUACCCAAUAGAUCCUAUAGGUUCUCAUCUUACCCUGUAGGUUCUCCUCUUACCCUAUAGAUCCUAUAGGUCCUUCUCUUACCCAAUGGAUCCUAUAGGUCCUCCUCUUACCCUAUAGGUCCUCCUCUUACCCUGUAGGUUCUCCUCUUACCCUAUAGAUCCUAUAGGUUAUUCUCUUACCCUAUAGGUCCUCCUCUUACCCUAUAGAUCCUAUAGGUUCUCCUCUUACCCUAUAGGUUCUCCUCUUACCCUAUAUGUUCUCCUCUUACCCUAUAGGUUCUCCUCUUGCCCUAUAGGUUCUAUAGGUUCUCCUCUUACCCUAUAGGUCCUCCUCUUACCCUAUAGAUCCUAUAGGUUCUCCUCUUACCCUAUAGGUUCUCCCCCUACCCUUCUCUUCCUGUAAUACCUCUCACUCUGUUUCUCCUACUUGUAUGCAGUGUUGUGACCUGACUAUAGACUGUUUCUUCGACUUGACUAUAGACUGUUGUUCACUCUGUUACUCCUACUUGACUAUAGACUGUUGUUCACUCUGUUUAUCCUACUUGACUAUAGACUGUUGUUCACUCUGUUUAUCCUACUUGACUAUAGACUGUUGUUCACUCUGUUGUUUUUCCUACUUGACUAUAGACUGUUGUUCACUCUGUUGUUUAUCCUACUUGACUAUAGACUGUUGUUCACUCUGUUUAUCCUACUUGACUAUAGACUGUUGUUCACUCUGUUGUUUUUCCUACUUGACUAUAGACUGUUGUUCACUCUGUUUAUCCUACUUGACUAUAGACUGUUGUUCACUCUGUUGUUUUUCCUACUUGACUAUAGACUGUUGUUCACUCUGUUAUUCCUACUUGACUAUAGACUGUUGUUCACUCUGUUGUUUUUCCUACUUGACUAGACUGUUGUUCACUCUGUUGUUUUUCCUACUUGACUAUAGACUGUUGUUCACUCUGUUUCUCCUACUUUUCUACAGACUGUUGUUCACUCUGUUACUCCUACUUGACUACAGACUGUUGUUCACUCUGUUUCUCCUACUUGACUAUAGACUGUUGUUCACUCUGUUGUUUCUCCUACUUGACUACAGACUGUUGUUCACUCUGUUUCUCCUACUUGACUACAGACUGUUGUUCACUCUGUUUCUCCUACUUGACUACAGACUGUUGUUCACUCUGUUACACCUACUUGACUACAGACUGUUGUUCACUCUGUUUCUCCUACUUGACUACAGACUGUUGUUCACUCUGUUUUCUCCUACUUGACUACAGACUGUUGUUCACUCUGUUGUUUCCUCUACUUGACUACAGACUGUUGUUCACUCUGUUUUUUCCUACUUGACUACAGACUGUUGUUCACUCUGUUUCUCCUACUUGACUACAGACUGUUGUUCACUCUGUUUCUCCUACUUGACUAUAGACUGUUGUUCAGUCUGUUUCUCCUACUUGACUACAGACUGUUGUUCACUCUGUUUUCUCCUACUUGACUACAGACUGUUGUUCACUCUGUUUCUUCUACUUGACUACAGACUGUUGUUCACUCUG